CCGGGAUGUAUGGGAGAGCAAAAUGACAGCUGGUUUGUUUUUAUCAACAAGGAAAAUUGAAAGUAGACAUUAAAGAGCAAAUCCUGACAGCUGACCAAAGCGGGACCAGCAUUUCUUCUGGAGACAUCUGCCAGCUCUGCCAGCCACUCUGGAGCCAUCAGGACAAACGCAGAAGAAGACAGUGAACAGUGAUAGUGGUCAAAUCAAGGGAAACGUCUCUUCAGGUAAGACGUUUUCUGCCAUAUCUUUUUAACUAUAAUCAUAUGCAGUUGGAGGGACAGGUGUGACUCCUUUCAAGCAGGACACUAGGUCAAACACCUCACAUGCGUGUUGUAUUGGACCUGUUUUUUAUUUUGUCUUAUGUCUGUAAAAAUAACCAUGGGGUAACUUGAUUUAUUCGCUAAAGAGUAACAAAGUGCUUUACAACAAUUUACUGCAGCCCAUUUUUGCCAAAUAAGAUAUUGUAACAGGAUCCUUUUAUUUUUUUAUUUCAGCACAACCACUACAUAAUUUAUGCUUGCCUGCAGCAGAUUCCACAGCAAGGCUCUACCCACCGAGCCUUUCAAAACACACACAGUUACUCGUCAUUUUAAUUAUAGAAACUUUAAUGAUAAGUUAGGUCAAAAGGUGCUUCUCUACAAUGUGUUGAAAAGUUCAGCUUUUUCGUUCUCUCCUGCGGGCAGAUCCAGGGAUGUUUAAAGGGGACAGUGACUCUGUGGUUUGCUGCUAAAGAGCUGCGGGCACCUCCUUGUGUCCCUCCCAUUAUCAUUCGUUCCUCUCUUAAAAAGAAAUGCAGUCAUUUGUCAGCCCUGGCCAUCCUUGUGUUCCUGUAUGCGUUGGCAGAUCUAUACAGCCUACAACUGUGUGGCAAUGUUUAUUGACAAAAUGUGCUUUUAUGAUGAAUGUGUGCAAGUGAAUUCUUGAGACUGCUCUGACGUUGCACUAGUGUUCGACAUUUUUGACCGAUGUUCUGCUGUGUGAAACCAGAACCUAAACUGAGGUCAAAACACUGGGCUGCAGUUGUUUAAGUCAAUUGUCAAAGUUGACUUAAACAUAGAAAUGAAAUGUGAGUAUUUGAAUGGAAACUAUGAGAACCAAGCUUUCAGUCCAACUUUCAGCCUCUCUCUGUCCCAACUUUACCCUACUUCUGACACAACAAUGUUAUACUGUAAGCCAGUCUUGACUGGAGCUGCAACCAUAAGUCAAUUAAUCACUUUGUUGUUUGUCAUUAAUCAAGCAAAAAUGCUCAGGAUUCUCUGGCUUCAGCUGCUCCACUAUGAGGAUAUGCUGCUUUUCUUUGUUUUAUAUCAUUAAAUUGAAUUUCCUCAGGUUUUAGAUUAUUUUUUGGGCAAAAACAAGAUUUUAGAAUGUUACCUUGGGUGUAAGGCAUUUUUCUCAUGUUUCAUGUUGAGGGCAAAUGACUCAUUUAUCAUGCGAGAAAAUUAUUUGUAACAAUCCCUAGUUCAAGCCCUUGUCUGUACUCUUCUUUUGUUCAGAUGAGCCUUUUUUGUUGUGCACUAUCAAGAUGGGCACAGCUAUGUAGAAGGUCUGAGUUCAUAAUGUAUAUAGUAGCAAAUGUGCUUGGAUAAUGCGGUAAAACAGAGCCUGUGUAUGAGCUGACAGCUCUGUCUCUUUCCAACAAUGCUGACCAGCUGAGGGGGAGGCUGUUCAGCGGGACGGAGCCAUGGAGCCACCGGAGGACAUGGAAGGUCGUACCUUUGUGGAGGUGAUGAGUGAGAAGUAUAGUCCAGAGAACUUUCCGUGCCGCAGGGGGCCUGGCAUGGGGGUGGUGGUGGUGCCCACCAUAUGUCCUCAAGGCUCUCCUAUGAAAGACCGUCUGAACCUGCCCAGUGUGCUGGUGUUGAAUAGCUGUGGCAUCAGCAGGGCGGGAGACCAAGCUGAGAUUGCUGCCUUCUGUGCCCAUGUUAUAGAGCUGGACCUGUCUCACAACAAGCUGCAGGAUUGGCAUGAGAUCAGUAAAAUCGUGUCCAGCAUCCCCAACCUGGAGUUCCUGAACCUGAGCUCCAAUCCCCUGGCAGGAACGACCCUUGAGCCGCGGUGUGCUGAAGCCUUUUCCCGGGUCCGACGCCUCGUCCUCAACAACACUCAAGUGUCCUGGGACACCGUGCUGCUGCUCGCCAGGGAGAUACCUGAGCUGGAGGAGUUGUUCCUGUGCCAUAAUGAGUACACUAGUGUGAGUGCCUCCAGUGUGGCCUGCCCCACCCUACGCCUGCUUCACAUCACCGACAACAGCCUCAAAGACUGGGCCGAAGUCCGCAAGUUUGGCUCCAUGUUCCCCAGCCUGCACACUCUGGUCAUGGCCAAUAACAACUUGGCCUCCAUUCAGGACAGUAAGGAUAUCCUGCCACGGCUCUUCCCCAACCUACGCAGCAUGAACCUGCACAACUCAGGUCUCAACCGAUGGGACGACAUUGAGAAGCUGAACUUCUUCCCGAAGCUGGAGGAAGUGCGGCUGCAGGGCAUUCCCUUACUGCAGACCUACACCAACGCAGAGCGACGCAGCCUCAUGAUAGCACAACUCCCUUCAAUAUCGCUGCUAAAUGGCAGCGCUGUGACUGAUAGUGAGAGAGAGGAUGCAGAGAGGUUCUUCAUCCGUUACUACUUAGACUACCCUGAGGAGGAGCUGCCUUAUAGAUACCAUUCCUUGGUAACCAAGUACGGGAAGCUGGAACCACUUGCUGAGAUUGACCUACGACCUCGCUGUCGUGCCCAGGUGGAGGUUCACUGCGAGGAAAAAGUGGAACAGCUGAACAUCCGUUUGGACCAGACAGUAGCUGAGCUGAAGAAGCAGCUGACAACAGUGGUCCAGCUGUCCACCAACAGUAUGAGGCUCUAUUACAUCGACAAGUGCAGCGUCUUCGGUCCGGAGGAAAUGAGGUACAACACCCGGGCUCUCCACUCUUACAGCAUCCAAGACGGUGAUGAAAUACUGGUGGUGCCCAAGACCAAGUGAACAGCUGGUAUCAAACUAGCUGAUUGGAGUGACUCACUGAAUGAUUGAUUAAUUGGAUUAUUUGUUGAUUGGUUAACUGACAUCACAAAAUAACUGGGAAAUGCCUAUGGAACAGCAUCAGCGGCCCACUUGGAAUGGGAGCAAAACAAGAAAAUGAUGUGUACACCAUCAUGAAGACUGCACAGUGGACUACAGUGGGCUGCUGGGAGGCUCUGGCUGGAAAUGCAGCCAGUCUGGAAAGAAUAUUAUCUUUAUUUAUUUCAGCUUUAUUUGAGGGCAUCCACUGGAGUUAGUGGACAAAUCUGUCACACUGGAGAACAGGCUGAGAGAGCAACUCGCAGUCAGCUAGCAGCUUAAGCAGAGGGGAGGGCACUGCUGUACCAGCAAAGCAGCUCUAUCUCUUAGUACGCUGCAUGUACCAUAGCACCUGUCCUGCAUAGGCAGGUAUCCAACACCACUGACUUGCCCACUUAGUCACAAAUGCUACGCUGAUUAGUAGUGAGGCAGUUCUACAGAGUGGAGAAACAGGGCUGCACUCAUCUGAACUUUUAAAGUGGCCACAGUAUCAGGAAGAGCUGUUGCUAAAGGAAAAAUCAUGCCCAAAACACUGGUAAAUGCAGUGAUUUGUGAUGAAAGUAGCAUUUCUUUGGUUCAUUGUGUUGUUUGGUGGUGUUUGUUUUUCAUAUUUCUGUGGAUAAUUUGCCAAAGUUAGAAGAUGCUACAUUAUAUUCAGAUUGUUUGACAAAAUACCAUCAGAAUCAAAAAGCAAGGGAUUCUUUCUAGAGCCGUAAUGACAAUCAGCAAUGUGUGAAAUGUGUCCUAGGAAAUGCAGAUUUAAAAAUCCUGAAAGGUCACUCCAGAUAUUUUUCAAUGUAAAAAUAUAUUCUACUUUGAAUAAUAAUUUGAGUUUGAUAUGGAGUUUUGACAAACAAGUUAGCAGGGAUGGGCCUUUAAAGUCAUUUCCAUAUUUGAGUGCUCACAUUGAAUUAUUAAGGUUGUGAACUACUCGCAAAAAAUAUCCUCUUGCAAAGCCUCCUCUUUCCACAAAGAUUAACAGGACCGUGUGUCACUAUUUUUAUUAUGACCCGGCCAAACUUCUCUGUCCUAGUAGCACCACAAUGGCCCUAGCUAAUACGGCUAACGUUAGCAAAUGGGGGGAUGAAAUGUUGCCUGUUAUUUGUCUCUGCUGAUUUCUCCUUAUGUUUAAUCCCCAAAUGUUUAAUCAUCUAACUGGUUGCACCGCACGUUCAUAUCGUAAAUUUUUGUCAUUCUGCCUGUAAUGUUAGAUGAGUGAUGUGUGACUGAAAGCGUUGAACAUUAUCUGCGGCCGAAGAUGCGAAUAUCUAAAUGCGAGUACUCGAUACGUUGAGCGAAUACUGACAUCUAAACGAACACUCAUGCUCAUCCCUACAGGUUAGUAAGUUAUAGAUCAAUUUACUCCCUCUCCCUCAGUGAAAAAUCCCAAAUCGGUAAAUAUGCAAAUGUUUUAAUUAAUUACAAAAGUUAAACUGCUGGAUAUGAGAUCUUCUUAUUAAGUUCCAUUUGUAGUGUACAUGCCCUGCAGGCUUCACAUUUUCAGUUAAGUACUGCAUCAGGAUUGGCUUCCAAACUAGCAUGUUUGUACACAUGUUAAACUGAGAUUUAUGGUUUAUUUCUAGUGUCAAACUGCACAGUGAAGAUUCAACGUUAAAGUUAAGUAACAAUAAGAAAAACAAAUUUUUGACACAUUUAAAGUGAAAGGCAGGCAGGCAAUAGGUGAGGCAGAUUAAAGCGUUUAAAGCAAUUGAAGUGGGGUUUUAUGAGGUACUUACAGGAGAACCGACAUGGAAGCAGAACAGUGUACUACUGUGGACAGGGGCAGCAGAAAAACACAUUUUAGCCACCUAAAAAAGGCCUACCUACAAAGAUAUAUAUUCACCACUUUCAUCCAGCCCUUUCUGACAGGAAACUGAAGCUUUUAUAUCCAUCUGUGCUCUUUCAGAGCCACCAGACUCCUUUGAGAACAGCUGUAAUUUUACCUCGCUCUACAUGGGAGUUGUUGGUCUUUUGUCAGUUGUCUGUUAGCAGUAUAAUAAGGUUCAGUUUCCCUUUGGACUUUCUGGCAGCAAGGUAAGGUGGUGAAAAUAUUCUAAAUAUAGCGUACACUUGCACUGAUAUAGAUUACGUUUUGUUGCUGUCCCCGUCCACAACAGUGCAUCGCUUAGCUUCCAUGCUGGUACUCCUGUAUGCUUCUCCAAACUAUGGAUUGUGCCAACAGCCACCUACUGUAAGUAAUACACUGACUAUGGAUAAGUAAACAAGUACCUCAUAGAACCCCACUUUAAAGUGAACUGUCACUUUCAAGGAGAAUUGGCUGUAAAAAAUAAAAAUUAAUUAACACCACUUUAUGACAAAAUGGCUUCAAGAGUGCAAACUUGAUGAUAUCUAACAGUGUAUUGAUAUCUCCUUUUCCUGUUACGUGUUUUCUACAUGUGUUUUGUGGACUUGCUUACGACCGCAAGUGGGGGGGGGGCACUGCAAGAGUAUGGGGUACCGGGGCCAUUGCUGCCAGGCAUCUGGUCCUUGUAUAACCAGAGUGAUAGCUGUGUCUAUUGUUUAGUCAGGAAGUCACACGUAUUUUCAGUUGGUGUCGGGCUUCGUCAGGGUUGUCCCUUGUCACAGUUAUGUUUGUGGAUAGGAUCUAAAGGUGCAGCUGGGGGUUUGGGGACCUCAGGAUUGCUUCUCUGCUUUUUGCAGAUGAUGUGGUUCUGUUGGCUUCAUCAGAUCAUGACCUUUAACAUGCACCAAGAUGGUGUGGUCAGAAUAAGUUUCAGAACCUAAAACUAAACUAACUAAAAAGGCCAUUGGUUCUCUGCUAGAGGUGAGUGGAUUUCUGCCUCUGAGUCUUUAGCGAGUUGUUGGAAAAGGUAGAAGGAGUUCAAGUGUCUCUGGCUCUUGUUCAAGAGUGAGGGCAAAACAGAGAACAACAGGUGGAUUGGCUUUUUGCGUCUGCAGUAAUGCGGCCAUUGUACCGGACCGUUGUGGUGAAGAGGGAGCUGAGCCAGGAGCCAAAGCUUUCAAGUUACCAGUCCAUCUAUGUUCCAACCCUCUCUUAUAGUCAUGAACUUUGGGUGGUGACCGAAAGAAUGAGAUGGCAGAAACAAGUGGCCAAAAAGAGUUUCCUCCAUGCGGUGGUUGGGCUCAGCCUUAGAGAAGGAGCUCAGACAUCCGGGGGAAUCUCGGAGUAGAGCUGCUCCUCCUUCACAUUGAAAGGAGCCAGUUGAGGUAGUUCAGGUUCAGGUAGUUCAUGUUAUUGUGUUUCUUACCACAAAACAAAUACUAUAUGCACACAUGUAUACACUCACACAUACCCACACAGGUUACCACAAAGCAGCUGUUGUGUCAUAUGUGCUGCCCCCUACACGCUACACUGUAUAUUUCAUAAACAAAUUUGCUUUGCCACUACAGUAACUUCACUAGAUGAGGGUUUUUUUGUGAGGUGUGAAGUGACACACACACUACGGUAAAAGACAAUCUCUCAGUGCACAUUCUGCGUAGGAGCAGUAUGAAGGCACAUCUUAUCUAUUCCAACAUCAUGUAAGUGUAGGAUUAUUACAUGCAUCCAUCAAUCCAUCAUUUAGCUAUACCUGCUAAUCCAGAUCCUUUUUUAUUCAUUUGUGCACUUUCUAGGGAGCAAAAUAUGGUUGUGAGUUUGUCAUUGUUAUCUAUGUUAGAAUCUAUUAAAAUGUUUUUAAGAGGUUAGCAUUCCAUUUUUUAAAUGCUCAAUUUUUUCUCAUGUAAGUUAUAUCAUUGCAAAAUUUCUGUAAUUAAUUGCACAUGAUCUUGUUUUAUGGACCUUUAAAUGCUUCAUCAAUGCAUACUAUACUCAUAUAAUUAGUAGUUUUCGUUGGACACAAAUCUCAGUUUAGUGCAUGUGCCAAUUAUUCAGUGAAGUAUUUCUAAAAGUAUUUCCUUUUAUCCGCGUUUCAUCUGCUCCACAUUAGUGUAUUCUACAUUUCGCUCCACCCUGCACAGAAAUAUUUCCACCAAAGAUAGCUCAUUAGGGUAUCAUUAAUAUAAUGUGGAAUAUGUACCGUAUGUAUUGAUUUUAAUACACAGCCUCCACCUUGUAUAUGAGGAGCAUUGAUGUUUGAUGUUUGGUGCUAUUGAUUUUUCCUAUAGCAAGCAACUUAGCAGAGUAGGGGAUUCCUGACAGUGUGCAGUGUUAUGGCUAUGGACUGAUUGGUCAAGCAUUCACAUGUAGUGGCUGUUUGGAAACAAAUAUGUGUCUCAGUUCAUCUGCUGUUAGAAAACUCAGCUCAGUGUGCUUUGGCCUCUCUUUAACAGUGUUUUAACCUCCCAAAGUAUCGAUAUCUCAAGUAUGUAAAUGCCACAACAUUUCCUUCCUUAUUAUUAUAAUUUACCAGUUUUAUAACGCAACUGCUAUACUUGAAUAUUAGAAAGUGUGAGAUAAUAAGACUAGGGACUUAAGUAUGACGGUGUAGCAAUGACACACAGCAGGUUAGAUGAAAAGAGUUCAAACACUGGGACUCGCUUCCCCAUUUUAUCACAGUAGUGCUGAUUAAAUGUUAGCAUAGCAUGAACCACAGCCAUAGAAACCAGCACGGAGAGAGUCAGCAGUGCAGUGCUGGCACCGACUUAAGUAUUGAAUUAUAGUGUCUGUGCUAAUCAGUGUGAGAUUUGUUUGAAGCGCGAACAUGUGGUAUGUUAUUGUUUGCAGGGUGGGUGAUUGUUUUUGGUAUGCAUGUUAUUUUUUGACUUUAUGUGUUUGUGAGGAAAGUGGUCACAAUGCCUGCUUAGAUUUAUGGAAUUAUGAACUUGAUGGAACUUUGUUUUACAUUAAGCCCAAGAAAAACAUUUGAAGUUUGAUGUCAAUUUAUUGUUUACUUGUUGAUUUCAUCCAGAUUUUUUUUUUUAAGAAUAUGUUAUCAUGUUAUUUAUUGUGUCUACUGAUUACUGUCCAACUAUGACAAGCCGAAGAUAUUGGCUAAGGCAUUUUAAAGCACUUAAAGCCCCUGAAAACUUGAUUUUAGUUAUCUCUGUAACAUUUAAGAUUCAUGACUAAUAAAGCAACAAUCAAAGUUAGGGAAAAAAUACUUAUUAUUUAUGAAGAGUGCAACAAUAAUUCACCUAAUCCGCUUCAUCAAGAAUGUGUGGGUGUGAUUUGAUCAGAUUUGACUGACAGUGGCUCACAUUUUGGUAAAUUUUGUGACAUAAACUUUUUCCAGCUGACACCAACCCAUUCAAACCAGUGAAUAGAACUCUGACAGAACCAAUAAAUACAAAAACUUCUUGUAAAAAUAGUAGAAAAUAAUGCGUUUAUGUAACACUGAUAGUAACAAGCUGAUACAACCUUUUUUAUGGAAAAUUCCAUCCUCACAUCCUUUAACACACAUUGGUAGUGCACUGUGUGUAGUUAUUUGGUCAUUCUGUUGUGUGCUGCAAUUGUUACAUUACUCUCACUGACUGGACCAUCAACAGUAAACCUCAGAUUUUGGUAUUACUCUCAGAGAAUCAUACUGUGAGUCCUUCUAGAGUCACAUUUUAUUUAUCAUUCAACAGUUGUACAGGGACAUUCAUCAUAAGACAAAGAUAGUAAUUCCACCAGCAGCAACCUCAAUACAACAGAAUGCAUUACGGUUGUUUGAGUAAAAAGUGUUGUUAAACUCUCGUUUUGCUUCUACCAUCACUAUCAAUCCAAUAGCUUUCACUGUAUUGAUUUAUAAUCCAGAAAUGAAUACCAUACUUAUAAGCUUUCUUAGCAUAAAGACUGGAAACGGAGGGAAACAGCUAGCCUGGCUCGGUCCAAAGGUAACAAAAUCUGUCUACCAGCACCUCUAAAGUGCACAAAUUAACAUGUUAUAUCUUGUUUGUUCAAACCUUACAAAAAACUAUGGUGUAAAUAUGACAGGUUGCAGUUUAAUGGUGGUUAUGUGCUGAACUUGUUGUUUAUACACUUAGUAAUGAGCUUUAGAGUUGCACACUGCCAGACAGUGAAUACAUUUUCAAAAAUAUCAAACUGUUGCUUCAAAGGAGUCCUUGGGGGAUCAUUAGUUCAUUAAUUGGAGUAGUGAAAAUACCUCCUGAAGAGUAACUCAGGGUGGAUUUUCCCUUUUAAAUGUAAUAAACUAUAAUCUAUUAACACCCUGUCUAUUACUUAAAACCUGUGCAGUCAGUUCAGAUUGUAAGAAGCAAGUGAGCAAAUGAGGAAAGUUGAAGAAAAAUACUGCACAGCCUCUCAGAAACGUGAUAAACUGACCUCAGUGCAGUUAAAAAAAAUAAACCCUCAGUUAGAUUAGUGCUUGACUGCUGAAAUUGAGAUAAUUCUUACUGUACAUUUAAAAGCUCCAUAUUUCCUUUGCUUACUUAACCCCUUUAGACCCGCCUUAUGUUCCAAGGUUGUGAAAAAUAUAAUAAUGACUUAUUCCCAUCCUUAAUGCAACCAGAAAUGAGAAUCAAUAAAACAAAUUUAAUUGUUAUUUUUCUUGUCCAUUUCAAUGGACAUCGGGUCCAAACAGUUGUUAAAAUACCAACAUCAUAUGACAACAUCAUACCAAUUUUUUGUCUGUUAAAUGUUGCAAAAAGUAAAAAAGAAGCCCCUGUCAAGUGACGUCUAUUGUAAUGGACACAGGGUCUGAAGGGGUUAAAUAGUCAACACAUAAUGCUAGACAUCUGGCAGGAGCACAUCCUGUUUGAAUGGAAACCUAAAUAGAUACUCCAGCUAUAUCAGUAAAUACACACCUUGAGUCAUCAUCUGCCUCCAAGAGUGGUGCACCAGAGCUCACGUGGAUCUCAGAAGGCUAUAUUUGUCUUUGAUUAUAGUGUUAUAGAUUUUGGUUGGGCUAAAUGGGCAGGUUUCCCCCCCGCUUAGACUUAUAGACACCAGUAUUUAAGCUAAUCAGUUCACUCAAGUAUAUGUAACACGGGACUGUUCAUAAUCUGUGGCAAUUUAAGCAUAAUAAUUUGUUUUGUAGGAACCUAUAUGAAGUAUUAAAUGGAACAGAAUGAGUCAUCUUUCUUGUAUUAGUAUAUGUAGAGAGAGAUGCGUCACUGAAUGGUAAUAAAUGGCAGUCUCCCUCUUCA